AUGAGAAACUUCGAUCGGUUGCCUUGGAGGGCGCCCUUUUCUUCCUUCGCAGGUCGCCUGGUGGGAGCCCUGGAUGCGGUGCUGGACUCCAGCGCACGGGUGGCUCCGUUCCGGAUCCUGCUCCAGGUGCCCGGGUCCCAGGUCUGCUCUCCGAUCGCGUGUGGGGCGACGCUGGAGGAGGUCGAGCAGCACUGGGACUGGCUGGAGCGGAACCUGCUGCACACCCUGCCCGUCUUUGACAGCAAGGAGGACAUCGCCAGCUUCGUCAAAGGGAAGGUGCAGGCCCUGAUCGCUGAGGAGACCAGCAGCCGGCUGGCCGCGCAGGAGGAGGAGCCCGAGAAGUUCCGAGAGGCCUUGGCCAAGUUUGAGUCCAGGUUCCAGCUCCCGGAGGCGGAGAAGCUCGUCACCUACUACUCGUGCUGCUGCUGGAAGGGCCGGGUGCCCCGCCAGGGCUGGCUGUACCUCAGCGCCCACCACCUCUGCUUCUACUCCUGCUUCCUGGGCAAGGAGCUUAAACUUGUGAUCCCGUGGGUUGACAUCCAGAAGUUAGAAAAAACGUCCAACGCCUUCCUGACAGCCACCAUCCGCGUCAGCACGCCCAGCAAGGAACGGGACUUCUCCAUGUUCCUGGACCUGGAGGGGGCGCUGCAGGUCAUGGAGCAGCUGGCCGACGUGACGCUGCGCAGGCUGCUGGACAAUGAGGGCUUUGACCUGGACCCCCACCUGCAGGAGCCAAGCCAGAUCACCAAGAGGGACCUGGAAGCCCGGGCGCAGAGUGAGCUAUUCCGGGCCGUCUUCAGGCUGCCACGGCGGGAGAGGCUGCACGCCGUCCGGGACUGCGCCCUGUGGACGCCCUUCAGCCGCCGCCACACUGCCGGGCGCCUGUUCACCUCCGACAGCUAUAUCUGCUUCGCCAGCAGGGAGGAGGGCUGCUGUCAGGUCCUCCUCCCGCUCCGAGAGGUGGGCCUGCAGGGUGGGACGGCGCAGAGGGAAGCGGGCCUGCCUGCUUCUUCCUUCCCCGCCCCACAGGCGCCGCUGCCGCUUCAGUCAACAAGCGCCUGCAGCGACCACACGUUUGGGGACCUGGAAAUGGUGUCUUCUCAGAGCAGCGAGGAGAGUGGAGAGGAGGCCCCGGGCGCUGUCCUGCCAAUGUCCAGGGAAGAGGUAAAGAUAAGCCUGUGGAAGGACCACUUUGUGGAAUAUGGCAGGACCGUGUGCAUGUUCCGCACGGAGAAGAUCCGGAAGCUGGUGGCCAUGGGCCUCCCCCAGUGUUUGCGUGGCAGGCUCUGGCUGCUCUUCUCAGAUGCCAUAACCGACCUCGCCUCGCAUCCCGGCUACUACGGGCGCCUGGUGGAGGAGUCCCUGGGGAAUUGCUGCCUGGCCACGGAGGAGAUCGAGCGGGACCUGCACCGGUCCCUGCCGGAGCACCCCGCCUUCCAGACCGAGACGGGCAUUGCCGCUCUGAGGAGGGUCCUGACAGCCUACGCCCACCGCAACCCCAGGAUCGGGUAUUGCCAGUCCAUGAACAUCCUGGCCUCCGUGCUGCUGCUCUACGCCACGGAGGAGGACGCCUUCUGGCUGCUGGUCGCUGUAUGCGAGCGCAUGCUCCCGGACUACUUCAACCGCCGCGUGCUGGGGGCCCAGGUGGACCAGUCCGUGUUUGAGGAGCUCAUCCAGGAGCAGCUGCCGGAGCUGGCGGAGCGCCUGCACGACCCCUCGGCCCUGGCGUCCCUGUCGCUCUCCUGGGACGACAGCCAGGCCCUCGUGCUCCUCAGCAGGUUUCUAGAUCACAUCAAGAACGAGGACAGCCCUGGGCCCCCCAUGGGCAGCCACCAUGCCUUUGUCUCUGAGGACCAGGAACCCCCUCCGGUGACGGACAUUGGGGACCUGAUCCACGACUCCUAUGAGAAGUUCGGGCACCAGUCGGUGGGGCAGAUUGAACGCAUGCGCUGCAGGCACAGGAUCCGGGUCCUCCAGGAAGCAGGAAGAGCAAAAAAGAGACUACUCCGCGUGGUCAGCCCUGAAGUCUCGUUCCCCGUUGGCGACCUCGAGGAGCUCUAUGACUUGUUCAAGCGGGAGCACAUGAUGAGCUGCUACUGGGAGCAGCCGCGGCCCGGGCCUGCCCGCCACGACCCCAGCCGUCCCUACGCCGAGCAGUACCGCAUAGACAGCCGGCAGUUUGCACGCCUGUUCCAGCUGGUCUCGCCAUGGACCUGCGGGGCACACACGGAGAUCCUCGCUGAGAGGACCUUCCGGCUCCUGGACGACAACAUGGACCAUCUUAUCGAAUUCAAAGCAUUUGCCAGCUGCCUCGACACUAUGUAUAACGGAGAAAUGAAUGAGAAAAUUAAACUGCUCUACAGGCUCCAUGUUCCUCCCGCCCUCACUGAAGAUGACCACGACAGCCAGUCACCACUGAAGAACCCUCUGCUGUCCACAUCAAGACCCCUGGUCUUUGGGAAAGCAAAUGAUGAUGCCUCCGACUAUAAGAAACAACUAAAGCAGAUGAUAAAGGAUUUAGCCAAAGAAAAAGCUAAAUCUGAGACUGAGUUGCCCCAAAUGAGCCAGAAAGAAUUUAUCCAGUUCUGUAAAACUUUGUACAGCAUGUUCCACGAAGACCCAGAGGAAAACGACUUGUACCAAGCCAUUGCCACCGUCACCACGCUCCUGCUACAGAUCGGGGAGGUGGGGCAGCACAGCAGCAGUAGCAGCUCCAGGAGCUGCUCCCAGGACAGCGGGGAGGGGCCGCGGGCCUCAGCACCUUCUCCUGAGCAGGACUCUGUUUUUAUGGACACGGACACUGGGAGAGCUCCCCAGAACACCAGGGCAUUUCCUGAAGAGGCGGAAGGGGACUGGACAAUCUCACUUGAACACAUUUUAGCUUCACUUCUGACUGAACAGUCAUUAGUAAACUUUUUUGAAAAGCCACUGGACAUUAAAUCCAAACUUGAAAAUGCCAAGAUCAAUCAGUACAACCUCAAAACUUUUGAAAUGAGUAGCCAAUCACUGCCUGAACUUAAGCAAGAUAGUGACUUGCUGAAUGAGUUGGCCAUAACAAAGCAAGAACCACCCAUUUGUGGAUUGUCAGCCCCAUAAAUCCAGAUUUCAGUCUCAUUCAUUCUGAGUAUAGUCUUCGUUCUGGGCAUCCAGGUAAGCAACCUGACAGCCCCAAAUGUGGCCAGAACUGAUGCAACCCUCAAUAUUGUGUUCUUUAUUAAGAGGGAGAGACAUUGAUGUUGGUUGCCUCCCAUACAAACCCUGGCCUGGGAUGGGACCUGCAACCUGUCAUGUGCCCUAACUGGGAAUCAAAUCUGUAGCUUUCCGGUGCGAACAAACCGAGCCGCAGCAGCCAGGCCAGGCUGUUUGACCAUCAGAUUCAGUGAAAUAGGCACCGCUGCUGUGAUGCUUUCAUUCAGAUAGAACACGGGUCCAAUGCUUGAUGCUAACCCAGACUAAGAAACGCCCAAGCUCAUUUUUCACUUGGAUAAUGGGAGGUCUAGAGUCAAGUUCACUUUGAAGAUGGAAGAGCCACUGUCUGUGCAAUUGCAUCUGGCUUUUUCUUUGCACAAAUUUUGUUUCAAUGCUGGUAAUUGAAACCAUUUUAAUAUAUUUGGUUGUAUUCACUUUCCUUACAAAAAUGUUGUGUAUAAAUCAUGCUAUCAAUGUUGGUCUCCAAGAUUUUUAAUAACAAAUUUUUGUACCAACUUUGGUCCUUG